AUGUCUGAGGCUGAAGUUUUGUACUCAGAGGUCAAGUUCACAAGAGAGAGGGGAAACACAGGGACCGCUUCCUCACCGCCUGAAUCUGGAGUCAGGAUCUUGAGCACUCAGCCAUCCUCAGAGCUUCCUGGUUCCCAAGAACAACUGGUGUCAAACGGAUGCUAAAAAGUCACAUCAGAGAAAGCGGCCUUAGUGGUUCUCGGUGUCCUCCUGGUAGCGGCUGUCAUCGCUCUUAGCCUGACCUGUGAGUUUGUGCACUUCUUCUCAACCUUACAAAACAUGGAACUUCUCCAAAAGCUGACGGAUGAGCUUGAUGCUGUAAGAAUAAAUCUCACAGGUGAGUUUCAUCAGCUGCAUCAAUGUGAACAAGGCUGGGAGCAACAUGGAAGAAAGUGCUAUUAUUUCUCCACCGAUAAGUCAACCUGGGCGGAGAGCAGACGUGACAGUACAUGUGGAGGAGGAGAUCUGGUUAAGAACAGAGAGGAGCAGGUAUUCCUAGAGCAGAACCUGAGAGGAAAAAUGAACAAUCCUUGGGACUUCUUCUGGAUCGGACUGACGGACUCGGAGGAAGAGAAGACAUGGUUGUGGACAGACGGCUCACCACUGAACCAGAGUUUGAUGUUUUGGAAGCACGGUCAGCCAGACGACUGGAAAAAUUAAAACAAUGAUGGAGAGGACUGUGUGGGGAUGGGGAUCAAGAACGGAGGCCCAGACCUGAAGUCUUGGUUUGAUAAUUCCUGUGUUUGGACUCACAGACAUAUUUGUGACAAACCGGGAACUGCUGAAAUGAAGGGGAACUGA